CAUUGCCUUACGUAGGCUGAUCGUGCCCUCGAGUCUGUGUCGUUGUCUGGCUGCCUCGGCUUAGAAGGGAGGAAGGAUGGGGGGUUUUGUCCGCUGUGGGCGCACGCAGUGUCUGCCCGCCUCUCCGCGGCUCCGCUGCUGUGGGAAACCCGCGGCAGGCCGGGGAUGGGGACAGGCCUUGCACAGCUCCUGCCUUCAGACAAAAUGGGCCGGGCGCUGUGGUGGAAGGGCCUUCACAGCGUCCUGGAGCCGGUAGAAGCGAUUCAAGAAGGGGGUUAAAAUAAUUCUAAACAGGCUGGGUGCUGGGGGCGUAGAAGCGGGCUCGAGUCCUUGCACGUCCUCGAAAGUGACGGGAUGGGGGGGCCGAUGGCUCCUCCUGCCGUUAGGGAAACAUUAACCUGGGGUUCGGCUGUCGUUUGGGGAUAAAACAGGUUAGAAAGUGCCUUGCAGAAAACAGUUCAAGACUAAACAGGCACAAACGACAAUGCAAGUUCCGAUUUUUACGGUUGAUGCCUUUACAAACCGGCCAUUUUCUGGAAAUCCUGCGGCAGUUUGUCUGCUUGAAAAUGACUUGGAUGAAGAUUUGCACCAAAAAAUUGCAACAGAAAUGAACCUUUCAGAAACUGCUUUCAUCAGAAAACUGCACCCUGAAGAUGACUUUACCAAAAAAAAUACAAAUUCAGUUCUCACAUUUGUGACGCUGAGUGCGGAAUUAAAAGCCAGACAAGUGGAAGAUCAUAUUGUCCUGGAUUUGCCACUUUACAUAACGUACCCCCAGGUACUUAAAGAAGUAGAAGAAUUAAUAAAGGCAGCUGUUGGUGACAUGAUUGUUCAAGAUCUCCGUUAUUCUCCUGACACAAAGAAACUCUUAGUCCGCCUCAGUGAUGCUUAUGACAGGUCUGUGUUGGAAAAACUGCAAGUGAGUGCUCAGAGCUUUUUGUCAGCUGAAAAGACGGGAAAGGUGAAAGGACUCAUACUCACUCUUAAGGGAAAUUCCAGUGGAAAACAUAAAGGUCAUGAUUUUUACUCCAGAUACUUUGCACCUUGGUAUGGAAUUCUGGAAGACCCUGUUACAGGAUCUGCCCAUGCUGUUUUAAGCAGCUACUGGUCAGAGCAGCUGGGGAAGAAAGAAAUGCUUGCUUUUCAAUGUUCCCGCCGUGGAGGAGAGUUGAAGAUUUCACUGCGUAAUGAUGGAAGAGUUGACAUUGCGGGGCAAAUUGCUAUUGUAUUAAAAGGAAACCUGACUCUCUGAAGAAAUUGAUGCUAACAAUUUCAUCUCCCACACCUUCAGAUUAUUCAUAUUAUGCUGAUUAGAGCUCUAGGCAGUGAAUCACCGCUGUCUUCACAAGUCUUUGAUUACAUAUUGUCCAUCUUAAAAAAUCGGUUGAAAAUGCUCACUUCCAAUCUUCAAGAUCCUUGGUAUUGUUUCCUUCACUUUCAUCUUGCCACUUCAUAUGUACACUGACCUCAAACUGUCCAAGAACAGCUAUCUUGUUUUUCUGCUUUUAAAUUAUUCUUUUCUAUAUUUCCAAAUUCUACGUUAAAAGCCAUUCCUGCUUCCUGGAUUGAAUUGUAAAUUUUUCUGAUUGAUAAAAUAGUCAAACUUUUUCCAUAUUCAGUCAUUCUCCAUGAAAUCUGACUACAGUCCUUUAAAAAAAUAAUAAUCUUUUCUCCACCAUAUAUUGAAGUGUUGCUCAUAUGAUCAUAAAUUUUCUUCAAUUAUAAUAUGAAAAAAAAUAUAGAUGGUUUAGAAAUGUGCUUUAUAAUUCACUUUUAUGAACAGUAUUUUUCAAAGAUGAAUGGUGUUGCAGUGGCUUGUAGUACUGCUGCUUAGUCAAUAUUUUUACUUAAAGUUUUAGAAGAAAGACUUAAGAGAUUGACAUAGUGAUGCACGUAAAACUAGUUAAAAUCUGAAAGAAAACUUUCUUGGUUACAGCAGUGUCAUUUACUUUUCAAAGACUGAAGAUCUGCUCCUGAAUUAAAAGCUUCUCCUGAAAUUUUCUUCAUGAAGUGUACUGCUUCAGCUUUUGUCACUUUUUCCUUUAGUGUUCUCGUCUUUCCCUGGAUUUAUUAGCAAUAUUGAACUGUUUCAUUUACUCUAGCUAAAACUUUGAAACUUUGUUUUCCCUUUCAAGUUGCUUUUGUCCUAAGCUUUGCUUUAGUUCUUUUUCUUUGCAAUUUCAGGAUGAAGUAUUUUAGACUCAAAGACAUUUUGAUACUGUAGGCACAGCUGGAUGUCAGCCCAUUAUAAAUGAUGAGGAAUUUAGUUGUGCCAAGUUCUCGUAUUUCCAGUUAUUUUGAAUUUUAUCAUGGCUUGUAACUGCCAUCUUACUUAAGCCCGAGUAUCUGGAGGCAAGUACCAAUGUGAGAAUCCUAGGAUUCAUUUGAAAGAAUAGUUUCUAGCUCCUGCUGCUACAUGGAACAUAUAAAAAAUAUAAUUUAAAUGCACUACAAAGCUCAAGAGCUAGGUGACAAGAAAAAUGAAUCUCCCAAAGGAAAUGCAUGUUCUUCUUCCGUAUUCAAUCUUGCUGAAGUUUGUGGACCUGAAAUGUUGUUUAUAAAUAUGGACUCAUCACCAGAUGCAAGACAUGGCUAUGGAGGCAGCUUCAUAGCAAUGUUGCAGUGGCAUAUUUAGCAGCCACCUUGGCUUUGCCUUCUCACAAAGCAAGAAAAAAGAUCCAGUGACCUGGAUCAUCUUGAGCAGCAAAACUGCAAUCUUGUUUUCCUGCAUUUGCUAUUUCCUACAGGCUUAUGCAAAGAGUGAAUCUAGCCCAGUCCGUAAUUUGAGAUGUUUUGGAAAAAAACACCAGCUUCCUUCAGAAUAUAAAUUAACUUAAGAAGCAAUUACUGUUCACCCAUUCACAUUUAACAAACAGACAGUACAUUUUUUUUUUUCUCAAGGGGACUAAUAAUGAACAAAACCCAGUAAAUUUGAAAUAUACUUGCUAUCUGAAUUUCCUGACCAAACCAGUAUCUUUGCUGCUUAAUGCAUUUUUUUAUGGUUUACUACUACUUAGUCUUUAUUUCUGUUCAGGAUAGAAAAAUCACCAGAGCUCAGGUGGGAGACUAUGCAGUAAUGUGUUUGUAAUCAACAGAUUAGUUAAUCAACCAUGAUUUAUUAAUGAUGAAUUAAUUAUACCUGAUUGUGCAGUUCUGCUGCCUAAAUGGAGCUUUAAAGGAGUUAUUUUAUUAAUCAUCAUUGUGCUAAUUGCAGACACUUACAGAAGGAUUGCUAAUUAAACAUGCAACCAUAUGCAAAACAAGCAAGGCUGCUGAGAGUGGCAAGAAAAAGAGCACUCAUUUUAUGAGUAGCAACUUUAUUCUCAUGAAAUACUGCGUAGUUGACCUGCUGAUCCUAAUUACUCACUACGUCUUAUUUUAAUACAUUGCACAUUUUAAGUCAACAGCAAAGGAAGUGAAUUGUUGUGACAAAUUUUGUCCAUCUCUCCUUGUGUGAACUUCAAAUAAAAUUACCUAGAAUUUG